UGUGGUGUCACGUCCGCUGCCGGGGUGUUAAGGAAACGUGGCCUUUCGGGCUGUUGUGAGGGUGGUUAAUAUGGCUGGAGUUGAGCUUCCCGUGAUGAACGACAGCGCUGUCAAUGUCACUCUCAACGACACUGAGGCGGCUGCCAACGCCACCGCCAAGUUCGUGGCGACCCCCGAGGGGACGGCCGUCGCCUACGGAAGCCUUGUGGUUAUGGCGCUGCUGCCAAUCUUCUUCGGGGCCCUGCGGUCGGUGAAUUGUGCUAAGGCCAAGAAUUCCAAUGAUAUGCCGGAGACCAUUACAAGUCGAGAUGCAGCCAGAUUUCCCAUCAUUGCCAGCUGCACACUGUUUGGCCUUUAUCUUUUUUUCAAAAUAUUUUCUCAAGAGUACAUCAAUUUGCUCCUUUCCAUGUACUUUUUCAUACUUGGUAUAUUGGCUUUGUCUCACACUUUAAGUCCAGCUAUGAAUAAGGUGAUUCCUGCAAGUCUACCAAACAAACAGUACCAGCUGCUUUUUACUCAGGGAACAGGAGAAUCCAAGGAGGAAAUCAUCAACUAUGAGUUUGACACCAAAGAUCUUGUCUGUUUGGGUUUUAGCAGUGUGAUUGGAGUCUGGUACUUACUGAAAAAGCACUGGAUUGCCAACAAUCUGUUUGGAUUAGCAUUUGCUCUCAAUGGUGUUGAACUUCUUCAUCUCAACAAUGUCAGCACAGGGUGCAUUCUCCUCGGUGGGCUGUUUAUCUAUGAUGUAUUCUGGGUAUUUGGCACAAAUGUCAUGGUAACUGUUGCCAAGUCAUUUGAAGCACCAAUUAAAUUGCUGUUUCCUCAAGAUCUACUCGAGAAAGGGCUUGCAGCCAAUAAUUUUGCAAUGCUUGGCUUGGGAGACAUUGUCAUUCCAGGCAUCUUCAUCGCCCUUCUCCUUCGUUUUGAUGUGAGUUUGAAGAGGAAUAGUCGAACGUACUUCUACACCAGCUUCUUGGCUUAUGUCUUUGGUCUUGGACUUACCAUAUAUAUAAUGCACACUUUCAAGCAUGCACAGCCUGCUCUGCUUUACUUGGUGCCUGCUUGCAUUGGAUUCCCAGUGAUUGUUGCUGUGGUUAAAGGAGAACUUACUGACAUGUUGAGCUACGAGUCUUCAGCUGAGGUCUUGCCACACACGCCAAGGCUCACCCAUUUCCCCACUGUUUCGGGCUCCCCUGCUAGUCUGGCCAACUCUAUGCAGCAAAAGCCUAACUCCCCCCGCCGCAGGCGGACGAACCCAAGCCCCAUGUAGUCCUGUGAGAGGGCUUGUGGAGCAGCAACGGGUCAGGUAUGAAGAAAAGGCUGACAUCCCUGACAAAGCAACUUUGGAUGAAACCAAGGGCGACCAGAAGGAAAACAAAAAGGAGCAGUAAUGGGACGUGCCACAGCGCAAUCGAUUGUUUUUUAAAAACGUUCCCAGCUCCCUGUUCUGUGUUCAUUUUGUGCAGAUGCCUAAUUGUAAUGACGUGGUCAUGUGUGUCUUAUGUCCCUGGCUAUUAAUGAGGGACAAAAGUAUUUCAUUACAUCAUGCUAUGAUGCUAGUUACUCAGUUCUGCUUGGUGUUUUCAAUGAAUGUGCCAACUGAUUGUUUCGAAGAAGAAACCUGAGGGGUUGCACCAGUGCCUAUCUGUAAUCUUUUAAUUUAUUUCAAAUGGCUUAAAGUGAUCAUGACACUUUGAAUUCAAAGGCGCCAGUACCUUCUGUUUUCACAAACAAAUGCAGAAAACUGAAUUUUUAGACAGGUGUUCACCUAGUUCAUGUAAUAAAAUUUGUAUUUAUUUAAAAAAAAAUAAAUACCUCAGCUGUUUUUUACAUGACUGCUUUCAGUUCAAUUCCUGUGUGUUUUUUAAAAAGGGGAGGGUUAGUGUUUAAUGGAAGAUUUUUUUAAGACACUUGACUAUUGAUAAUAGAUACAGCUUGCAAACUUGCACGUAUACCACACCUGAAACACUGAAAUUUAAUUAGAGAAUAUUAAAAUUAAUCUGUUGUAACCUACUGAAAUUUUGUAUAUAUUCUGUAUGCUGGAGUCACUUUUUAUGAGCCAUUUAUUUUCCUGCAUUUGUUUGUUUAAACCAAGCUACUAUAUAAUAGCGUCACAAAGAUGCCCAGAUAAACUGCCACAUAAGUACUUUUGUAGCUUUGAUUUUCAAAGAGAACUUAAACAUCAGCUGCUAUUAAUGUCAUACAGGCCAUUUCCAUGUUACAAAUACUGGACUUAUGGACAACUGUACCUGUGAACAGGCUCCCAUAAUAUUAUUAAUGAUGUAUGUGCAGAGUUUUGUGCUAGGGUACAGUAGAACUUGUCCCUCUUGUUCUCUUUCCACUUUUAGUAAUCGUUUGUGUGCUUUUGAUAGCAUUUUAAUACAAUAGUGUGGAGAUAAAGUUAUCAUGCUGUGUGAUUUUAUUUGUGUAAAAUCAACUUAUGGCCAUCUGUAUUUUGUUUAAAAAGUGGAACUUGUUCAUUAACUAGGGAAGCCCUGUAUAGCACUGUAUUUCAACUCUUGUAGAGAGGAAUGUCAUGCUUGUGCGGCACUGUAGCUGAUUUAAGCAGUUGUAUUGCCUCGCUUUGUUUAUUUCUUUUCUCCCAGUGAUUGCUAGUAUUCCCAUUACUGCCUUACCCUACUUGUUGUUCCAAUGUGUCUGGCUGAUGAGAAUUGAUGAUUUGAGUGGGUGGAAUGAGGGACCUGAUAAUCUUCUGUCUACUCAGGUUCACCCUGGUUCCUAAUAUCAACUGGCUUUUUUGAGGUGUGGAGAUGAAAGGAGUUUAGUUUACUCCAUAUUGAGGCUAUGCUCCCUACUUCUAGAUUCUCAAGCUAGAGGAAUCAGCUCAAUAUCUACACGUAACUCAGAACCUUGCACACUUCUGAGAUAAUCUCUUGUUCUUCUAAGACCCAGAGUGUAUUGUCACUGUUCCUUUCACUGACCAUCACAUUGAUUUCAUAUCAGAAAUCAAUCACUUCAAGUAUUAUUGUGUCUCAUGCUGAACAUUUUCUGUUAUUCUUGAAUCUAUAAUGAGACAUUGCAGUGUCAUGGGGGAUUUUGUUUUUCUUUGCCUUGUAUUUUACUUGGCUUUCUUCAGCAAGGGAAUUGGAUUACAGUGAUGGUGUAUUGAGCUGCUACGCUUAAUAUGUUCCUCUGGCUUAAGUAAUGGAGGCAAGAUUCCACACCACGGGUUCCCAACCUUUUUUAUGUCCAGGACUCCUACUAUUAACCAAGGGGUCCGGGAACCCCAGACGUACACUGUUGGAGUGGUAAUAGAGCAAGGAGCAGUUAAGGAGAACAAAGAUUAUUUAAACGAAUGACCUAGAGGUCAGCUCAGGUAUAAAAUUAAGACCCAGCACUUCCACUCCCAACCCAACCCAAGACCAAGGGCUUAUGAUUUUUAAUUUCACACAGUUCUACUUGGUUUAGGUGGCCAGACUAUACUGAAGAAAAUCUAUUAGAACUUUCCAUACUACCUGAACACUCCUGUCUAUUUACAAUCAGUCGUCCCUAUUAUGUCCCACAGUACUGACUCCUGGUGCAUUAAUUUUUAAAGAGCUGAUCUAACCUGAAGGUUGAUCAUUUUCAGUCCAUGUAGUAGGGCUGUGAUUUAGCAUCUUGGCUCUCAUAUAAUGUGAGGCAAGUCUUUCUGAUUCUGCAUUUUGUCUUAUAGGUUGUUUCCUUACAGAUUUGAAACCUGCACACCUCAGUGUUAUCUUCAGCAUCUUAAGCUUUUGUUUUGCAUUCAUUAGUUAGCAAUUUUUGCAGAUUAAAGAUUUAAGUAUUAAAAUGUUUGAGCUAUGACGUAUAGUCACCACAGUGCAAGAGUAGAAAAGGACAAGUUUGCAAAGUGUUAAGGGUUUGAACAAUGGGAGCGAUUCUUUAUGUCAAUUUUUCGUCAAAAUUGUGGUUUGGAUAUCCGAGGCCAUUGGACACAAUUUGAAUAAAUGUCAUAAGGUGGAGACUUUUAAAAGUAUUAUCUCUGAAACUAGUUAGUGAACAUUAAGACUUUGUACUUCUGUUAACCAUGUAUCUCUCUCCUGAGCACAUCAUGGGUCUGAAUAUUUACUGCCUGUUGAUAAAAAGAUUACCUUUUCAGAAUGAUGGUGAAGGUCUACAAAUAUAUUUUUCUUAGCACAUAUUCUAUUUGGUUUAACUUUGUGGGUUAAUGUUAUCUUUUAAUAGAAAAUAUUUUCAAUCUUAAUGGUCUUCAAAAUCUUUAUGGUGUUUAUUAAAUAAUCGUCAGUGAUACAGUCUCCUCCCAAAAUGAGUGUCUCUAAAUAUUCUACACUACUACACACCGACAUCAAAAACAUUGUAGUAUCACCCACUGUUGGAAUUUAGUACCAAUUCACCUUUGUUUGACUCAACGCACAGAAUAACUAAUGGGAAAUGAUUCGCUGCUCCAGUAGUAGUUGAUUGUGUGAAACCAGGACAUAAAUUUGCCAAGUUCAAUCUGCUUUCUAAAUUCGCUGCUUCUGGUCAAAGGUGUGCAGUCUGUCCUUGGGUACCUGGUCUUGAUUUCCUCAGUGCUGCCAUGGCCCAAAAACUCGAUUGAGCAUUAUGUUUUAAGGCAUUAAAAGACACAUUUGCAACAAACAUCCCAGGCAUUUGAUGGAAUUUUUUGUGGUGUGGCAGGAUGUUGUUCGUUUAUUGACUUCUCCCAAGCUUUUUUUUAAAAAGAUGAUGAAUAAGUGACUACAUGUUGCAUCUGAAGCUCUCGUGUGGUGCUAAUAGAAUCCCUUUAAUUAUAUUUUUCUCCAAGAAGGGUGGAAAUCCCUUAUCUGAUCUGGUUCUUAAUUUGGGGAUUCGCCUUUGCAGUGUAUACACAGUAUGUUUUGGAGAUUAGGUGUUGUUAAAAUACCUGGUGGGAUGGGGUUUAAUUUUAAGCUAGUUUUGCUCUUUGUUCACCUUCUUAUAUUUUGUCAAGUCUUGCCCUCUGUUCCCACCCCUCAUUCUCUUGCUUUUACUCAUUGUAGUAAAAAUUGGUUCCUCUCGGGAGGAGCUGUGGUUGAUUUGCAAUAAACAGUGGUGUGCACCACUCUGAAUACUCAC